UUGGUCUUACUCAUAAUGUGCGAGCUUGACCCGGUCAUAGCUUCAGUGGAGGAACCACACAUUACUCACACAUAAUGACUAUUAAAACAGCACACUGCUGAAUCCACGCAGACACCCAUUCCGCCAGUUUGGAUGACUACCUGAAAACUCGUAAAACGUUAUUUAUGUAGACGACUGAGUUGCGCGUGCGCCGUGAUCCUACGUGUCCCCCCAGCUUGAGGUAACGCUAUGUUGCUUGGCUUUAAAACCAGCAGCUGCACCAGGAGCAGAGGCGCAGACCCAGUGCAACAUCAGAGCCAGUCACACGGGGAGGACAGCACCACAGCUCCGGGCAGGGGAUCGUAGCGGGGCUCCAGGCGAACAUGCAGCCAUUUCUGUAGAAAAACGACCUUUGCGUUUUUUAUAUGGAGGGCGCACUCAUGUGGAUGAUCUCCCACAGCCAGGUCCACACAGUGUGAUGAUCUAUUUUUGUGAUGGCGAAGGGUCUGUUUCCACGGGCUUGGGUGAAAAAGUCGUUCUACUUCCAGGCUCGGAUCUCCUUCGUGCGGGUGAAGUAUCUGUUCCUGACCUGGCUGGCGGUGCUGGUGGGCAGCUGGGUGCUCUAUGUGCAGUACUCAGCGUACACAGAGCUGUGCAGAGGACACGAGUGCAAGAACGCCAUCUGUGAUAAAUACAGGAAGGGGAUAAUCGAUGGGUCUGCAUGCAGCAGCCUGUGUGACAAAGACACUCUCUACCUGAGCAGGUGUCUGUCAACGCUGGCUGAUAACCAGGUGUACACAGGAAGCUGGGGGGACCACGAUGGGAUCAUCCGCUGUAAGCUGGGGGAGGUUGUGCACUUAGAACUGGGCGAGGAGCCGGAGCCCCGGAGAGAAACCCCCGUGUUCGACAAGCCCACCAGAGGCACCUCAGUGGAGAAGUUCAGAGAGAUGGUCUUCAAUCACCUCAAGUCCAAGCUCGGAGAGCAGACUAACCUCGCCAGCCUCGUCAGCCAGAUCCUCACUGUCGCCGACGGCAACACAGAUGGACGGGUGUCACUACCAGAAGCCCGCUCUGCGUGGGCCCUCCUGCAGAUGGAUGAGGUGCUGCUGGGCCUCCUGCUGCAGGACCGCGGUCACACUCCUCGCCUCCUGGGCUUCUGCGGGGAUCUGUACAUGACGGAGCGCGUCCACUACGGGCCCCUGUACGGUUUGUCUCUCCCAUGGCCCCUGGUGUCCUGGGUCCCCAGUAGCAUGCAGCGCUCCAUGGACCAGUGGUUCACCCCCUCAUGGCCUCGCAAAGCCAAGAUCUCCAUGGGCCUCCUGGAGCUGGUGGAGGACCUCUUCCACGGCACCUACGGAAGCUUUCUGAUCUGUGACCUCGCUGCAGCGCACUUUGGUUAUACCGAUCGACACGAGCUCCGUCUGACUGACGCCCGGGCGGUGGUGUCUGAGGACGAGUUCAAGCGCACCAUGCGGGCGCUGAAGUGCGAGACGGACGCUGACUGUGUGUACGGGGUGGACUGCAAGACCUUGUGUGAUUUGUCGGAGAAACGAUGCAAGGAGGAGCCAGUUCAGCCCAACCUGGCGAAGGCGUGCGGCACACUGAAGGACUACCUCCUGCGGGGGGCGCCCUCAGGGAUGAGGGAGGAGCUGGAGAGGCAGUUGUACUCCUGCAUGGCUCUCAAAGCUAGUAAUGCUGGACAAAUGAACAUGGAGCACUCCCUUAUUCUCAACAACCUGAAGGCUCUGCUGUGGAGACAGAUCUCGCACACCAAGGACUCGUGACAAGGACGGGAAGUCACCUGAAGUUGGUUCCUCACACGGAGUAUGAAAGAUGCUGUGAUUUAGGAAUAGCACAUUUAAUGAAGUAGUUUUUAUUUACUCUAUAAACUCUUGAACGGUCAGACUGAUGGAGACUCUAUACACUCUUGAACGGUCAGACUGAUGGAGACUCUAUACACUCUUGAACGGUCAGACUGAUGGAGACUCUAUACACUCUUGAACGGUCAGACUGAUGGAGACUCUAUACACUCUUGAACGGUCAGACUGAUGGAGACUCUACCUCCUCUCUCCGAGCGUCAGAAGUUGGGCCUGGAAAACAAGGCUAAGAACUUUGAAAUACUAAACUCGACUGAAUGUUUGCAUGUUACCAUCAGUUAUACUUAAAGCAGAUCAUGCAGCCACACUAUAUUGUAUUGUAUUGUUCACCACAGUGGAAUGUUUUUGGGGGCACUGCUGGAAAAAUGAAACGUCUCGCGCUGGGAGACCAAAUUGCUGUUUUUGCCACUAAAUCAUGCAGGUAUGUAUGGCCUGAGAAGGAUUUAAAAUCACGGUGUUGUACAAAGCCCCAGUUGGAAGUGUAAUGACACCAUUAUAAGAUAGGAUCCUUGACUUUGUUAUGUUGAAUGGGACAUAUCAUGAACAUCUCACUUUCCUAUUGCUUCUGCACUUAGAGUCCAUAUCAGGAAAGCCUACCUCUGCACAAACUGAGAAAUAAGAUAACCCAGUUAGAUUCAACAAGUCAUUCAGGUUUGGCUUCCCUUCGUAUGUCACAUGUAGCCUCAUUAGAAUAUACUCCCUCUCCAGCUUUACAAGUACCUUUGCAAAGUUGCGUCAUAUUCUUUUCGCAAGCCAAUUAAAGCAGACUUGGCUUUUUCAAGACGAGGUCUUAAAGAGACAGGCGCUCAAACGGACUGUUUUGGACAGACACUGAGUAGAGAGUUAUUUAGAGUGACAGAAUGAGAAAAAUAAUGUGUUUGUUGAACAUUGAAGCAUGAAAAGAUGAUCGAUUACAACCCAUAAAACAAGUAAGAGCCUGAAAAUGAGCAUGAUAUGUCUCCUUUAAAGUUGCUUUUGAGCACUAUAGCUUAAUCAGGGAGUGUACCUAAGGUUAAGAUAAGGCUGGUGAUAUUCCAUAUUUUCGUUUUACAGAAAAUUCUGUUAAAAGACCAAACAAAGGUUUAUUUGUUAGUACUACGCUGUCUUAGAGUACGACUUGGAGUAUAAAUCUUUAUAAACGGCUUGCAAAAUUGUACUUUCCCUCGUUAAAAGAAAGUGAUUUUGUUUUUCUUGUAGACUAAGCUGCAGAUUAAUUCAAAUUUGGUGCAUUAGUGAGUAUUGAAAGCAGCAGGACAGUGUGUGGCAUUGACCAAAAUGAAACCCAAGUUCAUUCAAAUGAAGGUCACCCUGCUGAAGUAUUUAAGACUUCCACUUUAGACUUGGCUACAAAGAUUGUACAGAAUGAUGAACUGCUGGUUUUCAGGGGUUGUCUUUACAAUAAUUAAAGUAUAGAAUAUCACAAGACUUCACCUUUAACACGUAGCCUACAGAUAAGUGAACAUUUAAGGGAAAAAUGAAAAGAUUUGUAGCAAAAUUAAACAAAGGACAUGUCUUUAUACAGGGUACAGAGUAGAAGAGGGUCUAUGCCAAGAAGCAUUGAAGCUUUUCCUAAUUGUCACUCAUCUGCAUAAGGCCGUUUAUUACAUUCAAAGUGGAAAACUUGAAGGAUAUGUCUGUCAGUAUUCCACCGACAACAUUCUGUAUGUCAGUGCACUUCACUGCUGUACAUUUCUCACCUGUAACACUAGUGACAAUAUUAAUGUAUUUCAUUUGUGAAUGUUAUCUACUUGUAUUUCUCACUACAAAGAGCAUUUGUAGUAUUGUGCUGUAUCACAUUUUUGGGGAUUUCAGUGCCAUAGAGAUCAUCCUGAAAUCAUUUACGAAUGUUUGCCAACUGUGAUGGUGGAGAUCUUUAUCAACGUGUGGUCACAUCUGAAUGCUGUACAAAGAGGAUUUUUCAUGAUCCCUUCUGGAAGUUGUGAAGCUGCUGAGACCGACUCAACAUCCUGGCUUGUGUAACCACUCUAAAUACAGACAUGACCUGUAGCAUGUCGAGCUUGUGGUCAACGCUGCUGUUUGAAUUUUGAAAAUGUAAAAAAAAAGUUGACUUAUUGAAGAGACCAGCAUGAUUUGCACAAUUAAACUACAUACCACUUCA